AUGCAUUCUAUCUUCCAGUCCUCCUUGCUACAAGGGCGACUCGUUUCGCUGCUCGCAGCGGCGGGGGCGGCGCUCUGUCUCCCCGUUUGCCUCUCGCACUUCGACACAGCGGUUUUAUUUUGCCAAGCCUCGGAGCCCAUCCUCGAACAAGACAGUGUAGAGCAGGCAUCAGUCCCGGCUACGGAGGAGCGGGAAGAUAGUAGCGCACCGCCGCCUUCCACCGCAGAUAGCGAACCAAGUCUACCUUCCAUUGUGGAUAGUACCCAGAUCAGCGACAGUCAGGAGGCAGACAAUUCGACUGAAGACAUGCUUAUAAACCUUCUUCAAGAAUAUGGCUACCAACCAAGCUCGUUGCUCCUGUCCCUCCUCAGAAGAAGGCGGGGGAUGUGGGCCAGCCCGGGCUGUAAAAACGUCGAUAUGACGACCGAUUUCGUUCGCUGGGGCUACGACAUCCUCAUUGACGCGCUGCAGAACGGCGGUGAAGAGGACAUAAGAGUUCCGACGGGGAUUGUGGAAAUGCAGCAGAAGGGGCUCCGCUGCCCGGCCUUCUUCUCCUGGUACCAGCGAGAUCCAGACGCGCCUGACGAGUCCCAGGACUCCUACGACUUGCGCGGAUGUGUUGGCACUCUCGCAGCAAUCACCCCAAAGGAGAUAGGAAAUUACGCCCUCCUUGCAGCCGAAGAGGAUCCACGCUUCGCUCCGAUUACGCUUAGCGAGGUGCCUACGCUGAAGGGCGUUGCAACAAUUCUUCACUCGUUCGAGACAGCAAAAGGCCCGAUGGACUGGGAGCUUGGCGUGCAUGGCUUGGCGACAGAAUUCGUUGUCAAUGGCCUGCGCUAUUCUGGAGUCUUCCUUCCACAAGUUUUGGAGCAGUUCGAGACGAAAGAGAAUGGCAUUAUUCAGCUGAUCCGCAAGGCGCAGUACUCUGGACAGAUCUCGAAGGAACUCAUCAACUCAAUGCGACUGACAAGAUUCCAAGGCAAGUUCCUAUCUCUUUCUUUCCCUGAGUACGAGGCGGAGUUUGGAGUCAUAGGGCAGCCAUCACGCGUGCUGAGAGAGGAGGAAACGAGCGACGGCAGUGAGGCCGAUCCGCAGGACGCCUCGGACAACGAAGGCGAUCGUGAAGCCUUCGAGGGCGGAGGCCCGGCUGCGACUGAGAAUGCAGAAGACGCUGAGAAUGCUGCUCCGCCCGCUGCGGGCGAGUCCAUGGACGAGGACAAGCAGGAACCGACUGAAACGGAAGGAUGA